CGCCCCCUCCCGCCGCCGGAGAACAAACGGGAUAUUCAGCAGUGGCCUGUGGCUGCCAGAGCAACUCCUCUGGGGAAAUUCAGCGUCGAGGCAGCGUGCACCGUGAUUGCCUUUAAAAGCGCCCCACCCGCCCGCCGCGCACACCCGGAUACCUGGGCUGCCCCGCGGCUGCGUGCGCACGUGUGUGUGCUCGUGUGUGUGCUCGUGUGUGUGUGAGACAGAGAGAGGGCGGGGAAGCGAGCCGGGAGUGUGCGGCGCGCGAGCCUGUUUCUCCCCGUGUGUGCCAGAGUGUGAGCCUUGGGGGGUGCGACCCGGUGUGCGGACCGGCGUGCGCGCCGGGGUGGGAGCAAGCCGAGCGCGUCUACACCGGCCAUGAGGGGCGCGGGCGCCUGGGCCGCGCUCUGCCUGCUGCUGGCCGUGGCCGCGCAGCUCUCCCGGCAGCAGCCCCCGGAGAGACCUGUAUUCACAUGUGGCGGCAUUCUUACUGGAGAGUCUGGAUUUAUUGGCAGCGAAGGUUUCCCUGGAGUGUACCCUCCAAAUAGCAAAUGUACUUGGAAAAUCACAGUUCCUGAAGGAAAAGUGGUAGUUCUUAAUUUCCGAUUCAUAGAUCUGGAGAGCGACAACCUGUGCCGCUAUGACUUUGUAGACGUGUACAAUGGUCACACCAAUGGCCAGCGUAUCGGGCGCUUCUGUGGCACGUUCCGGCCUGGAGCCCUUGUGUCCAGCGGUAACAAGAUGAUGGUGCAGAUGAUUUCCGAUGCCAACACGGCUGGGAAUGGCUUCAUGGCCAUGUUCUCUGCUGCUGAACCAAAUGAAAGAGGGGAUCGGUAUUGUGGAGGACGCCUUGAAAGACCUUCCGGCUCUUUUAAAACCCCCAACUGGCCAGACCGAGAUUACCCUGCAGGAGUCACUUGUGUGUGGCACAUUGUAGCCCCAAAGAAUCAGCUUAUAGAAUUGAAAUUUGAGAAGUUUGAUGUUGAGCGUGACAACUAUUGCCGGUAUGAUUUUGUGGCUGUGUUCAAUGGUGGAGAAAUCAAUGACGCUAAAAGAAUUGGAAAAUAUUGUGGCGAUAGCCCACCUGCGCCAAUUGUAUCUGAGAGAAAUGAACUUCUCAUUCAGUUUUUAUCAGACUUAAGUUUAACUGCAGAUGGGUUUAUUGGUCACUACAAAUUCAGGCCAAAAAAACUGCCUACAACUACAGCAUCACCUGUUACCACCACGUUCCCUGUAACUACAGGUUUAAAACCCACCGUGGCCCUGUGUCAACAAAAGUGUAGACGGACGGGGACUCUGGAGAGCAAUUAUUGUUCAAGUAACUUUGUAUUGGCUGGCACCGUGAUCACAACUGUCACCCGAGGUGGAAGCCUGCAUGCCACUGUCUCGAUCAUCAACAUCUACAAGGAGGGAAAUCUGGCAAUUCAGCAGGCUGGCAAGAACAUGAGUGCCAAGAUCACUGUGGUCUGCAAGCAGUGCCCUCUCCUCAGGAGAGGUCUAAAUUACAUUAUUAUGGGCCAAGUGGGUGAAGACGGGCGAGGCAAAAUCAUGCCAAACAGCUUUAUCAUGAUGUUCAAGACCAAGAAUCAGAAGCUCCUGGAUGCCUUGAAAAACAAGCAAUGUUAAUAAUGAACUGUGUCGAUUUAAGCUGCAUUCUGUCAUUGCCUUGGAAAGAUCUAUAUUUUUCUCUGUAGGAAAAAAAAGUCUUAUAUUAAAUAUUGAGCAUUCAGAAAGAUUUACUCUUCACAUGAUGUAGGUAUGAGACCUCCGGUAUCACUGGUGGGAGUUCUGUGCCUGCGCCGAGAGGAGCAGAUACAUGAUUGAAAAUUUGCAGACUUGGUGCGGCUAUAGGAAACUGAAUGUAUCAAGCACUGACAGCGUGGAAGCAGUUUAUUUAUACGUCUCUGUAAAAGGGUAUUUUAGAAAUGAGUGGUGUGAAGAUGUAAAAAAGAGAUUUUAUAAGUGCAAUAUUUAUAGUGAUAUUUGUUUUACCUUCAAGCAUUUUCUCUGAGGGGUUAUAUUCUUCUCUUGCAUUUUUUAAGUCACUGCUUAAUAAAAUAUUUUUAAAUGAUUACGUAACAGCCAUUACACUUGUUUUUAUAGAAAAUGGGGCACUGUAAAAAGAAUAUUCCCUGCUUUUUACAUACCAAUUUGGCAUGGAUGUACACUUUGCUGAAAGAGUGUGCAUUCCAAGAACUUCGGGGACCAGAUGGAUCCAGUAAUGUAAGUAGACUAGAAUUCUCUGUAGAACCAGAGAACAUGGUAUCCCUCUGGGAUCGAAUUCAACUCCAGAAAUUGAAGCUCAGGUCUAGUUAGUGACUUGUCUAGAGCACACGUCUCCCAAGGGACAGAGCUGGCACUCAAGCUUGGAAGUCCUGAUUCAAGCAAAGAAGCCCUCUCAGGCCCAGAGGAAAAUCCUCGGAUCCUGGCUCGGCAGCAUCUGCUCUUUGUUUCUUUUGCAGCCCAAAUCACAACUGGUCGUUUUAUAGGACUUGAAAGUAGAGGGGAGUCUGAUGCCCCAGUCCUGUUCAUCCCCUGUUAACUGAUGCUUUCUGCAGUUGCCUUUGAAGACUCCCUUUUUACCCAGUGGUGGAAAGAACUGGGAAAGAACUCCCCACAUCUGCACACAGCUGUUUAAUCUGCAGCUGUACCAGCCACGGCUGUGGCAACCAGCCCUUAGGAGGCUGCCAGCCAGGACCUGUGGAAGAGGGCCCACCAUCCCCCUCUGAGGAAGGUGGAAAGCACGUCAGGGAGGAGCAAAGACUUGGAUUACAAGGUCUCUCAUGGUAGAACCAAAGUUUUAGAAAUAAGAAAAAUAUUCUUUGGGUUAAAAACAAUAAUUCCCAGCCCUAGAAGUGACCAGACAUUCAAAAGGCCAAAAAAA